CCAAUUGAUAAAUAUUUCCUUUUUUCUCUCUCCGUCAUGUCUUGUAAUUCCGUAGAUCUGAACACCAAAAUCACAUGUCUUCUCAAUUCUGAAUUGGAUCUCUCUGCAGAUUUAUAUCUCAUUUCUUUUUCCAGGUGGAUCAGAUUUUUAAUGGCAGAUUCUGAUUCCGAGACCAACUUCGUGAAGGAAUUUCGGAUUCCUAAUUACAUAAUAUCACCUGAAUUAAACGAUGAGAUUCACCAUGAACCCAAGUAUCCAGUGAUAAUCUUCAUCAACUCCAAAAGUGGUGGUCAAUUGGGCGGCGAUCUUCUUCAGACCUACCGUUCUAUUCUCAAUGAAAAUCAGGUCUUUGAUUUGGGGCAAGAAGCUCCUGAUGUGGUGCUGCGCCGAAUUUACGUGAAUCUUGAAAGGCUCAAGAGUGAAGGAGAUAAGCUUGCUAAACAUAUUGAGGAGAACUUGAGAUUAAUUGUUGCAGGAGGUGAUGGAACUGCUGGGUGGCUUCUUGGAGUUGUUUCUGAUCUCAAGUUGUCUCGUCUACCACCAAUUGCAACAGUGCCCUUGGGAACAGGAAAUAAUCUUCCAUUUGCAUUUGGCUGGGGGAAGAGAAAUCCUGGGACUGAUCGUCGCUCAGUGGAGUCAUUUUUAGCUCAAGUAAAGGAUGCAAAGGAAAUGAAAAUAGACAGCUGGCAUAUUGUGAUGAGGAUGCCGCCUCCAAAAGAAGGUUCAUGUGAUCCCAUUCCGCCUCUUGAAUUACCACAUUCUCUUCAUGCAUUUCAACGUGUCUCUGAGACAGAUGAGCUAAACCGGGAGGGUUAUAUUACUUUUCGUGGGGGAUUUUGGAACUACUUCAGCAUGGGAAUGGAUGCUCAAGUAUCAUAUGCUUUUCAUUCUGAGCGGAAGUUGCAUCCUGAGAAAUUUAAGAAUCAGUUAUUUAAUCAGGGAACAUAUGCGAAGAUUGGGUGUACCCAAGGCUGGUUUUGUGCUUCCCUUUUCCAUCCCUCUUCCCGGAACAUAGCCCAGCUUGCAAAGGUGUUUAUAAUGAAAAAGCGUGAUAACUGGGAAGAACUCGCUAUACAUCAGAGCAUCCGGUCAAUUGUGUGUCUCAAUUUGCCUAGCUUUUCUGGCGGAUUAAACCCUUGGGGAACACCAAACAGCAGGAAACGCCAAGAUAGAGACUUGACUCCACCAUAUGUUGAUGAUGGCCUUCUUGAGGUUGUUGGUUUUAGAGAUGCCUGGCAUGGGCUUGUUUUGCUUGCUCCAAAUGGGCACGGGGCUCGUCUUGCACAGGCACACCGAAUCCGCUUUGAGUUUCACAAAGGUGCCGCUGAUCACACCUAUAUGAGGAUUGAUGGAGAACCGUGGAAGCAACCACUCCCAGCGAACGAAGACACUGUUGUGGUAGAAAUCUCCCACCUUGGCCAGGUGAACAUGCUUGCUACCCGUGAUUGUAGGUCUAAAAGUGUUUUUGACCCCUCGACACCUUCAAGUCACGAAGGUGAUGAAGAUGACAGCAAUGGAGAAGACUUUGCAGAUGAAGGUGAAGAGUAUAGGAAGUUUGGAGCAGCAGACACAUUUAAGAUCCCAGAAGGGGUAGAUGUCGCCAAUAUUAGUUAAGCCAAUUGACAAAACCACGAAGUUAUUUUUAUCGCUAUGUUUCGAGUAAAUUUUCUCCUGGACUUCCAAGAUUGUUUGAUUUUUGUCUCUGGUUACUGCCAGAAUUAUAAUUCAUUAGUUUGCUGGAAUUGAAAUUGUAAGCGUGGCAAAGGUGAUAUAGCAGAUUCUCUAAUUGUAUUUCAGGUUUGUAUAUUAUUUUGAUUUGUAAAUUUGAUGUUAGCCAUUUGUGUAUGCA